CUUAAACACAAAUCUUUCUUUUCAGAUUAUGGAAAUUUUGGAAUUGCUGCGAUUUCAAAAUGCAAAAAACACCCUUACGACACAACUAUCGGGUGGCGAGAAGAAAAGAUUGUCCAUUGCAUUAGAAUUACUCAAUAAUCCUCCGGUUUUAUUUUUGGAUGAACCGACAACAGGUUUGGAUGAUUUGUCUUGCAUGCAAUGCGUGAAUUUGCUAAAGCAAAUAGCUCAAGGAGGACGAACAAUAAUUUGUUCGAUUCAUACCCCAAGCGCAAAAAUGUUCUCAGUAUUCGAUAAUGUGUAUAUUAUGUCGAUGGGACAAUGUAUUUAUCAAGGAUAUGGACCGGAAGUUAUCUCAUAUUUAAGAGCUAAUAAUUUGGAGUGUCCGCAGAAUUUUAAUCCUGCUGACUUUAUAAUUGAAAUAGCUUGCCAAGAAUAUGGAAAUUUUCAAGACCGGCUAGUAGCAGCAAUAGAUAAUGGAAAAUCGUUAUACUCUUCCAAACCCAAAUCGGAACAGAAAACACUUGAUGCAUCAGAAAGCACGCCGCAUAACAACGAAUUGCAGAUUUUAGAACAAGACAAGGCUGCUCAACCUCAGAACACCAGAACUACGUGGAGAAAUCAGUUCUCUAUAUUGUUGAUCCGUAUGUGGAAGCAAAUGUUGAGAGAUAAGAGUUACUUGCUACUUCGGACUAUUCUCCAUAUACUAAUAGGAUUUAUUGUGGGAACGCUCUAUAUAGGAAUGGGUAAAGAUGGAUCAAAGACAAUAUUCAACUUUGGCUUUUAUUUUACAAGCAUAAUAUUCUUCAUGUAUAUACCAAUGAUGCCAGUUCUUUUACAAUUUCCAAAAGAAUACCAACUGAUCAAAAGAGAGCAUUUCAACAAAUGGUAUCGGCUUAGUGCUUAUUUUGCGGCAUUAACAGUCUCGACAAUCCCCAUUCAAUUAAUUUUAGGGUCACUCUAUAUUAUUUUGGUAUAUGUGUUAACUGACCAACCUAUGGAGAUUGGCAGACUGGCGACUUUUUAUGCGAUUUGCAUGCUAACUGGAAUUAUAUCGGAAAGCUUUGGAUUGCUUAUCGCGUCUCAACUUAGUCUUGUGAAUGCCAUGUUUAUGGGUCCAGUUCUAUCAGUUCCAUUCAUGCUAUUAGCAGUUUAUGGAUUUGGAAGUGGAUAUGAGAGUAUACCAAAGCUUAUCAAAUUUGCAAUGUACUUUAGUUACCUAAGAUAUUCCCUGGAAGGUCUGAUUUAUACAAUGUUAACUAAUCGGGAGAAGUUAGAGUGUCCGGAAGAAGUUGAGUUCUGUAUUUGGACCGAUUUGGAUUAUUUCAUGAAAGAUAUGGGAAUGGAAAACACAAUACUUUGGCUGGAUAUAACUGCUUUGAUAGUGAUUUAUAUAUUAUUUAGAGGAGGAUUCUAUUAUUUACUAAAACAAAGAUUAGCACCAAAUAAAACCUUUUUAGCUAUAAAAUAUAUUGGAAGACUGAUAAAAUCGCAAAUUGCUCGGUGAUAAGUAGGUUGAUAAGCAAACAUUUGUGAUAUUCAUAUUAGCUUCAUAUUAAAGCUCGGUGGCUUGGGGUAUUCCAUGACAAUCUAAUACACAUUAUACUUAGAUAAAUACAAUUUCUGCAGUUAUAAAGCGUAGGUUGAAAUGUAUGUAUUUAGCAUAGUAUGCGUACUGGUAGAUAAAAAAGAAUCAUUGCUUAACACACAAUGCCAUUUUAAUCACUUGACCCACUAAUAAUGAUUUGUUCUGGGGUUCCGUUGUUAUUAUUACAUUUAUUUAAAUGUGUUACUAAAUAAAAUGAAUUUAUAAAAUA